CGUUGCCGCUUUGACUUUGCCCGCUGCUCAGCUGACGAGGCUGCAAAGUUGCAAUUAAGUGAAGUUGGCUUCCCUGCCCACCUGUGGAAGAAGCUCGACCUCAUUGAUGCGCCAUCGACUUUUUUCCCCUUCGGCCUCGCCAGCGUCCCCUCCCACAGAUGCAGCAUCACCCGCUGAAUGUACAUUAGGCUGGUUUUUCCCCCCAGCUUCGGGCUUUGUUUGGGUUUGAUUGUGUUUGGCUCUUCGCUAAGCUGAUUUAUGCAGCAGAAGCCCCAUCGGCUGGAGAGAGACAAAAGCUCUUUUCUUUGUCCCAGAGCGGGCUGCGGAGCCUUUGCUCGCGUCGCCGCCCCGGGUCAUUCGCCGUCAGAGGAGGUGCUUCUCGCGGAGAUCGCGGGACCGGCCGUGCGGAGCUGGGAGGCCCGAGGGGGCCCUGAAAUGCCGAGCUGUGCCCAGGCCGCCGUACCUGCAUCGUUUGCUCCGAGCCGCGGGGUCCGCCUGCCGGGCCUGCUGGAAACGUCCUAGCAACACUUGGCACUUCGCGCCCGGGAGCGCGAGCGCGCAUCCGGUUAGCAGCCAGGCGGCGGGCGCGGUGCAGUGCGGGCUGCUUUGCAUUAUGUGCCGCUCGGCCCUGGCUUUUUUUACUGCCACAUUAGUCUGCCUGCAAAACUGCAGGCCAGGUCCUGCCCCAUUCCUCCGGGCGGCCUGGGUGUUUUCAGUUGUUCUUGGACUGGGCCAAAGUGAAGACAAUAGAUGUGCAUCUUCGAAUGCAGUGUCCUGCACCAAGUGCCUUGCGCUGGGUCCGGAAUGUGGAUGGUGUGCUCAAGAGGAUUUCAUUUCAGGUGGAUCAAAGAAUGAGCGUUGUGAUAUUGUUUCCAAUUUAAUAAACAAAGGCUGCUCAAUUGAUUUGAUAGAAUACCCAUCUGUGCAUGUAACACCAAGUGAAAAUGAAAUCAAUACCCAGGUGACACCAGGAGAAGUGCUGAUUCAGCUACGUCAAGGAGCUGAAGCUAAUUUUAUGCUGAAAAUUCAUCCUCUGAAGAAAUACCCUGUGGAUCUUUAUUAUCUGGUUGAUGUCUCAGCAUCAAUGCACAAUAAUAUUGAAAAAUUAAAUUCUGUUGGAAAUGAUUUAUCUAGAAAAAUGGCAUUUUUCUCCCAUGACUUCCGCCUUGGAUUUGGCUCAUACGUUGAUAAAACAGUUUCACCAUACAUUAGUAUCCAUCCAGAAAGAAUUCAUAAUCAAUGCAGUGACUACAACUUAGACUGUAUGCCUCCCCAUGGGUAUAUCCAUGUGCUGUCUUUGACGGAGAACAUCACUGAGUUUGAAAAAGCAGUUCACAGACAGAAGAUCUCUGGAAAUAUAGAUACACCUGAAGGAGGUUUUGAUGCUAUGCUUCAGGCAGCUGUCUGUGAGAGUCACAUUGGAUGGCGAAAAGAAGCUAAAAGAUUGCUGCUGGUGAUGACAGAUCAGACAUCUCAUCUUGCCCUAGACAGCAAAUUGGCAGGCAUAGUGGUGCCAAAUGACGGAAACUGCCAUCUGAAAAACAACGUCUACGUCAGAUCAACGAGCAUGGAACAUCCCUCACUAGGCCAACUUUCAGAAAAGUUAAUAGACAACAACAUUAAUGUCAUAUUUGCAGUUCAAGGAAAACAGUUUCACUGGUAUAAGGAUCUUCUACCCCUCUUGCCUGGCACCAUUGCUGGUGAAAUAGAAUCAAAGGCUGCAAACCUCAAUAAUCUGGUUGUAGAAGCCUAUCAGAAACUCAUUUCAGAAGUGAAAGUUCAGGUGGAAAACCAGAUAAAAGGCAUCUAUUUUAACAUUACUGCCAUCUGUCCAGAUGGAAGCAGAAAGCCAGGCACAGAUGGAUGUGGAAAUGUGACAAGCAAUGACGAAGUUCUUUUCAAUGUAACAGUUAUAAUGGAAAAAUGUGAUGUCAUGGAAGGAAAGAACUAUGCAAUAAUCAAACCUAUUGGUUUCAAUGAAACCACUAAAAUUCAUAUACAUAGAAACUGCAGCUGUCAGUGUGAUGAUAGCAGAGGACCUAAAAGAAAGUGUGUAGAAGAAACUUUUCUAGAUGCCAAGUGCUUCCAGUGUGAUGAGAAUAAAUGUCAUUUUGAUGAAGAUCAAUUUCCUUCUGAAAGUUGCAAGUCACACAAGGAUCAACCUGCUUGCAGCGGUAGAGGAGUUUGUAUUUGUGGGAAAUGUUUAUGUCACAAAAUUAAGCUUGGAAAAGUGUAUGGAAAAUACUGUGAAAAAGAUGACUUUUCUUGUCCAUAUCACCAUGGAAAUCUGUGUGCUGGGCAUGGAGAGUGUGAGGCAGGCAAAUGCCAGUGCUUCAGGGGCUGGGAAGGGGAUCGGUGCCAGUGCGCAUCAGCAUCUGCCCAGCACUGUGUCAAUCCGAAAGGCCAAGUGUGUAGUGGAAGAGGCACAUGUGUAUGUGGCAUGUGUGAGUGCACCGAUCCCAGGAGCAUCGGCCGCUUCUGUGAACAUUGUCCCACAUGUCACACAGCCUGCAAUGAAAACUGGAAUUGUGUGCAAUGCCUUCACCCUCACAAUCUGUCUCAAGCUAUACUUGAUCGGUGUAAAACCUCAUGUACUCUCAAGGAACAGCAUUAUGUGGACCAAACAUCAGAAUGUUUCUCCAGCCCAAGCUAUUUGAGGAUAUUUUUCAUCAUCUUCAUAGUUACAUUCUUGAUCGGGUUGCUUAAAGUCCUUAUUAUUAGACAGGUGAUACUACAAUGGAAUAGUAAUAAAAUUAAGUCCUCGGCAGAUUACAGGGUGUCAGCCUCAAAAAAGGACAAGUUGAUUCUGCAAGGCGUUUGCACAAGAGCAGUAACCUACCGACGUGAGAAACCUGAAGAAAUAAAAAUGGACAUUAGCAAAUUAAACACUCAUGAAACUUUCAGGUACAACUUCUAAAAAGAUAAAAAAAAAAGUACUUUAUGGGAAACUGGAUUUUUAAUGAUCGCUCCUAAAAAUUAUUAUUAUAAAAUAAUAAUUUUAUAAGUCACAGGAGGAGAUAAAUUUUCUAGAUCAUGCCAGUUGCUGGUUGUCCACUCAAAUGAAGACUGACAAGCAUCCUCAUCAUCAUGUGACUCACACUGCUGCUGAAUUCUUCAGAGAAAAAUGUGUCUUACUACUGUUUGAUACUAGUGUCAUUGUAGCACUUUACUGUAAUAUAUAACUUAUUUAGAUCAGCAUAGAAUGUAGAUCAUCUGAAGAGCACUGAUUACACUUUACAGGUACCCACCAUUUCUACGCUUCCCAGAGAGACAAUGCUGUGAGAUAGUUUUGGCAUUGUGUCACUACAAGGGUACAGUAAUCCCUGCAUCAAACAUGCAGAUGAAAAAAUAAUAUGGCAGUUAUACUAAUGUUGCCAAACAGUUCAACAAUUGACAGUGAAUAGACAAGAACAGAUAGAUGAGUAAAUGAUUAGUGUUUUACUCAUUCAAGAGAUGAACAGAUAAAACCUUAAUCUUGAGGGAUAUUGCUUUUGAAACUAGUUUUAUGCAUGUGUGUUUGUUGUCUUCUUUUACAAGAUGGAUACUAAUUCUAACAUUCUUUCCUCUUUGCCUUUAUAUUUUGGUUUUCUUUCUUACAGGAUAAGUUUAUAUAAUGUCACAGUUGACUGGAUUAAAUAAGUGCUAAGUUACUACUGCCAUAAAACCUAAUAAUAAUACAAUGUCACUUUAUUAGAAUACUUUUAAAAGCUGAACAUUUAAUAAGGGACACUUCAAGUAACAUCAAAAUUUGAACAGCUUCAUUGUGUGCAGAUGUGGAGUUUUAUAUCUUUUUACCUGGUAAACUGGAUGGAUUAUUUCACCAUUUCAUUUGUCUAAUCAUCAGGUUGAAAUUCACGAGAUAUUUAGAAACUCUGCAAAGUUUCUAAGCAAAGUGCCACACUUUUGAGUCUUCUCCAAUAUUUAUUCCAAGUAGAUAGUAGCAUUUUUCAAAUUAAAAGCUAAAUUAAGCUAUAUUAUUUUUGCCCUUCAGUGCAGUCUAAGGACAUUCUUUCUUUGAAUCACCUCAACCCUACUCACCAGAAUUCUAAAAGUACACAAUUGGAGGAGGGUAGACAAUAUCUUAUAAAUAAGCUAAUUCACUCUUGUAGUUAGUCAGAGAACUGAGGCUCAGCAAGUUUAAAUGAUUUCUCAAAAACCCCUAAGUGACCAAGUGGCAACAUUCAAAGAGAACUAUUUUCUUAUCGCCAGGCCAGUGUUCAUUGAACAAUGUCAUACUACCUCUUGAAUCUUUAAAAUAAUCAAUUGGCAAGUAUUUUUAGAUGUGAUUUACUGAAGUCUUAAGUAUAAGAAAAUUUCAAAACAAAGCAGAAAAAAGUAAUUCAAACAGAAUUGUCCAUGGUUGGUUUCCAGUCUAUCUGAUAAUCAAUUUCUAAGAGACUGCAAAAUAGCCUAACUAGAGGGAAUUCCAUUCACACCAUAGCCUGAGUGAACGGCGCCCCCUGGAGUUGUGCAGUGCUCCGUGCUCAGCCAGAGAGCUUGAUACAGACAGAGGCCAUGAACUUUUAUCCUCCACAACAGGAACUUCAUCACAAUUACCAUAUCCUUACAGACUUGUUCAGUCUGAUUUUAUUGGGUAGAAGUCCAACAGUACUGUAUGCAGUACAGAGCUUUGCCUAUGACAACUAAGGAAUUUAUUUUAAAUUCCUUUAAAAUGUCUUCUUAUAAUCAGCUUCCCAGACUUUCUGUCUUCCAGCACUUGAGUUAAAGUGCCAGAUAUAUGCAUUUCGAUGAAGACUAAAUCCCACUUCAUAUUCUACCCUAAAGAGGAUUUUAAAACAUAUAAUAAGUUGUUCUGCAGCCAACAAACACAGUAACUCCAUAAGCCGUCCCCUGCAGCCAAGCAAUUAUGAUGCUAGGUUGAACUGUAUUUCUUUCCCCAAAUGAGAAAUCAGCGGCAUUGACAUAAUUCAGUACUGUGACUCACUUAUGUAAAAUACCUUUGAUCACCAAGGAUAGUGCAAAACUUCUUUUUGCAGUAUGCCUGUCACAGCAUCCUUUUUAAAAAAGAAAAUAAAUGGAUACUUGACAGCCCCCAAAAAGGAAAAAGUGGAAAAUAUCCAUUCACUGAAAUGCUGAAAAUUUUUAAACAUUUUAAAAUUUUAAAACAUUAUGAUGUUCAUAAGUUAAUUUCUAUGUGGGCUGAGUUAUCCAAAUUAGCAUAAUAA